AGAGAGAGAGAGAGAGGAGCUUUGACAUUCGAUGGAGAGAUCCCAAGAAGAACUUGAAGCUUCCAACAAUGGCGGAUCAUCACCGAACAAGAUAACUGGAUCUGUCGAUGAAGAGGUAGAGAAUGGACCUUUAAACUUGCGUCUAACAACAAGUCCAGAGUUUCUCAAGCAGAUUGAAUCACUCCUACAACAACAAGAACAAGACUCCAACUCAACUCCUCCUGCAAAAACAAAACCUAUGAGUUUCCCAAUCUCAAAGAUCACAAUUGGUGAGUGGACCCGCGACGCAGUCUACGAGCAAGAUCUCAAGGCUAAAAUCUAUUUCGCAAGGAAGAAGAUCAUGUGGGAGUGUGUCGAAGAUGUCUCAACAACUGGGAUGAAUAGGAAGAUUGAGAUCCAAUGGGGUGAUGUCUUGUCUAUUAAACCAUGGUACCAUCCACAUGACCAAACCGGAAUCCUUAGUGUCGAGUUGAGAAAACCUCCAACGUUCUUCAUAGAGACUAAUCCACAGGCGAGAAAACACACUCAGUGGCAACAGUUGUAUCAAGAUUUCACACGUAAUCACUCUGCUUCUCGUAACAGGAUACAUACACUUCAUUUUGCUCCUGGAGUUCUGCAGAAGAAUAUGGAGAAGCUUGUUUCAGGCGAUAGGUUUUGGUCAGAACUGGUCAAGGUCCACUUCCCAACUUUGGAACAUCUUUACUUCUACGACAUUGGCUAUGGAAACAGUAUGAACAACAUGCAUGAUGGCAACAGAGUUCCACGGUAACAAAGUUUUUAGCUUCUUCCUUUUUUACUUGUUGUAUAUACUCUUCUUGGUGUCUUGUAAUGCAGAAAGCGAGUGCAUCUUCAAAAAUCAAAACUCGGUUACUUGUUGUAUAAAUAUAAUACAUGGUAGACCUUUGAUUUUAAUAAUUGCAUGGACAAAUCAUAAA